GUGGAAACCCGUCGUGUUUACUGGCAACACGCACACCUCCCGCUCUUUCCAAUUACUACUCGUUUUGUAGAUAAUUAGUGUUACCACCAGUUCUAAGGAAAGGAGAUUCAAACGGGCAGAAUCGAAGACCAUGUCGCGAUGGAUCAUCAUAUCCACCUUAACGUGUCUAAUUGCUGCUGUCACUGCUAGCGACAAUAAAGAGACACCAAAAGAAAUUACCAACAGCAGCGAGCGUGUCCGACGUCAAUUUCAAUCGUGGGGGCCCUCGUCAUUAGACGACGACUCGUUCCAUCCAUUCGCACAAGAUGACUUUGUUGAGUACGAUCCUUCAGGCCUCGGAUUUGAGAUCAAGAAGCCUCCGCUCUUUUUCGAUGUUAUCGACGAGCAAUCAGGAGCAUUUAAACCAGCUCCUCACGUCUCCACAAAGCCACCAUCAUACCCUGAAUCAAAACAAAAUUACUACAGUCCAUACGCUGAACCACAUCGACCAACUUUAAGUUCAUCAAACGAUCCUAUCCGUAAAACAAUUUAUCCAAACAAUUACGCCACCAUUUCACAGCCAGAAUGGAAACCUGUAUCGAUACCAGAAACGUAUCCUAAAAGACAACCUGCCUAUCCCACUGUUCCACAUAAAUUAAGCGAAACAUAUUCACCAUACUGUCCGAAAAUGGCUGGAUACGAAUCCAAAUGUCGACAUGCCAAAGAUUGUGCCAUCUGGUACGAUCUCGUACUGACUCUUCCUGGAGCAGCCUGCAAAUUAUCAAAUGGAUAUCCAGGAAUCUGCUGCCCGGAUAUUCCCUAUAAUGGUCGCAGUACAGGAUCACUUAAACAAGAGACCAAGAAAAUCGUGAAACUGGAACGUCAGUGUAUUGAUAUCUACUCUGUAAACGCAGCUGCCCACGCCGGAGAGUUCCAGUUGAAGUUAAUGGAGGAAACCGAGCGGCUUCUUCGCACAAACAAUGUUACAGUGAGACCCAGAUCAUCCACCUACAAUCAUUUGCAGUUGUUUCAAACAACAACCGAAGCACAACGACUCAGCCGUGGAGCUUUAAUUGCUAUUGAAACCACCAUGGAACUCGGCAAAAGAUUUAAAUUGACGCCGGACCAGACGGCGUUUGGAUUAAGCCAAUUCAAAUUACGAGAUACAAUUUUGUCGAAUACGUGUCCUGCGGAUCCCAUCUGCGAUCGCAAAACUCUUCGUUCACCCUUCCGGACGAUCGAUGGCUCUUGUAAUAACAUUAAGAAUCCCUCCUGGGGCAAGUCGAUGACCCAAUUCGAACGGGCUACUGUCCCAGCUUAUGCUGAUGGUGUUUGGCAACCUAGGGUAUCGCAGAGAGGUGGUCAACUUCCUAGUCCCCGAUUGGUUUCUAUAUCCGUUGUUCUCGACAAGGAUUCUCCAAGCCAAGUGAAUACCCAUUGGGUCAUGCAAUACGGACAAUUUGUCGUCCACGAUUUGGCCUUUACAACUCUCUUCCGGUCGCAGGCCAACACGGACAUUCAGUGCUGCACGGAUGGAGGGAAGUUCUUGCCCAACCCGGAACUGUUUCAUCCGCAAUGCCUUCCCAUUGAGAUUCCAAUCGACGAUCCGUUUUACACGAAAUUCGGCCAACGUUGCAUGAACUUUGUGCGAUCCUCUCCCGCACCCAGAUCCGAUUGCAGCCUCGGUCCCGCAGAACAGAUGAAUGGCAACACUCACUUUCUGGAUCUAUCGAACGUGUACGGCUCGGACGUAAACACAGCCGAGUCAUUACGGACGUUCGAGAAAGGCCAUUUGAAAGUAACUCGACGUAGAGGACAUCACGAAUUAGACUUACUUCCAGCUGAUAACGCAACCCAAUUGAACUGUGCCUUGUCCAAAGCUGUUUCCGGCAUUCCUCCACCACCUGAAGUCCGAUGUUUCAAAGCGGGCGAUAUACGACCUAAUCAGACUCCCAAUUUGGGUGCAACCCAAACCAUUUUCUUGCGUGAACACAACCGACUUGCGGCUGAGCUUUCCCAUUUGAAUCCGCAUUGGGAUGACGAACGUCUUUAUCAAGAGGCUAGACGCAUUCUAAUCGCUCAAAUGCAGCACAUCGCUUACAACGAAUGGCUGCCAGUUAUUGUUGGAAGAGAGAAAAUGCAAGAACUCGGUCUGUUGCCAUUACAGCACGGUUUCAGCAACGAUUAUGAUGCCAACGUGAAUCCAGGCAUUCUGAACGAAUUUUCGGCUGCAAGCUGCCGUUUCGGUCAUUCGCUUAUUCAAGGAAAACAAGAUUUAACCAACCUCAGGAGAAAGAAGGAAUCUCGUAUUUUGUUACGUCAGCAUUUUUUGAAAACGCAAACACUCUACACGCCCGGCAAUCUCGACAAGUUUCUCACAGGUUUGGCUGCACAACCCAGCCAAGAUUUCGACAAUUAUUUCACUGAAGAAGUUACCAAUCAUUUGUUCGAAGAGGAAGGCAAAGGUUUCGGUUUGGAUUUGGUAUCGCUCAAUAUCCAACGUGGUCGUGAUCGCGGUAUUCCAGGAUACAAUACUUUGCGUGCAUUGUGCGGACUCCGUCGUGCAACAAAUUUCAAAGAUCUGCUCGAUGUGAUUUCCCCAGCGAUUGUGGAACGUUUCGAGCUCCUCUACGACACGGUGGAUGAUAUUGAUCUGUUUAUCGGAGGCAUUUCCGAGAGCAAAGUUGAAGGCGCUUCUGUUGGCCCUACGUUCCAGUGCAUGGUAGCCGAUCAGUUCUUAAGACUGAAACGGGGUGAUCGCUAUUUCUACGAUCUUGGUGGACAGUCUGGCUCAUUCACCGAAGAGCAAUUGUAUGAAAUUCGACAGACAAGUUUUGCCCGUCUAAUUUGCGACAACAGCCAUGUCCAGCACACUCAACCAUUGGUUUUCAAACUGGAAUCUGCCCAAAAUCCAGUUGUGAGUUGCGAAUCGUCUUCUAUUCCUCGUGUAAAUCUUCUUGCGUGGCAAGAAGGUCUUCGAAAGCCUUACGAUACCCCAUACAAGAAGAUCUCGUAUUAAAUUUUUUAAAUUUUAAAGCCAAAGCUCAGUGUAGAUCACGUGCUAUAAAUAUUUUUAU